CACCGGCCCCCCGAGACCGCGAGGGCAGGGAUGGGGGCCCCCACCUCCGCACAUCUGCACGGGGCUCCAGAUUGUAGGGCUGGGCGGUACUUCUCGGAAAGCGAAAGCCGGCGGGGCGGGGCGCGGUGGGAACCCGAGGGGAAAGAGGAAGUGCCGGUUGGCUCCGCGACCCGGCAGCGCCGAGGUUCCAGCGCGGCCCGCCAUGGCUGCAGGAGGUCCCGGCGCGGGGUCCGCGACCCCGGCCUCCUCCACGGCCUCCCUACCCCUGGCUGCGCUCAACAUGCGGGUGCGGCGCCGUCUGUCGCUGUUUUUGAAUGUGCGGACACCCGUGGCGGCCGACUGGACCGCUCUGGCGGAGGAGAUGGGCUUUGAGUACUUGGAGAUCCGACAGCUGGAGACGUUCGCCGACCCUACGGGCAGACUGUUGGAAGCCUGGCAGGGACGUCCCGAAGCCUCGGUAGGCCGACUGCUGGAGCUGCUCGCCAAGCUGGGCCGCGACGACGUGCUGCUGGAGCUGAGACCCAGCAUUGAGGAGGAUUGCCAAAAGUAUAUUUUGAAGCAGCAACAGGAGGAGUCUGAGAAGCCCUUGCAGGUGGCUGCUGUAGACAGCAGUGUCCCACGGACAGUGGAGCUGGCAGGCAUCACCACACUCGAUGAUCCCCUGGGGCAAAUGCCCGAGCGUUUUGAUGCCUUCAUCUGCUACUGCCCCAACGACAUCCAGUUUGUGCAAGAGAUGAUCCGGCAACUAGAACAGACAAACUAUCGGCUGAAGUUAUGUGUGUCCGACCGUGAUGUCCUGCCUGGCACCUGUGUCUGGUCCAUUGCCAGUGAGCUCAUUGAGAAAAGGUGCCGCCGGAUGGUGGUAGUUGUCUCUGACGAUUACCUGCAGAGUAAGGAAUGUGACUUCCAGACCAAAUUUGCACUCAGCCUCUCUCCAGGUGCCCAUCAGAAGCGACUGAUCCCCAUCAAGUACAAGUCAAUGAAGAAAGAAUUCCCCAGCAUCUUGCGGUUCAUCACUGUCUGUGACUACACCAACCCCUGCACUAAGUCCUGGUUCUGGACUCGCCUUGCCAAGGCCUUGUCCCUGCCCUGAAGACUGCCCUGGGACCCUGGCUGUGUAUGCAUCUAUCUGCCUGUCCACGUACUUCUGCCCCUGCUUCCUUCUUCAGUUGUAGGGAGAAUCUGUGCUCUACUUGCCUCUUAAUUCCUGGAGAUGCCAACUCCACAGACACAUCUGCAGCUGCCGGGUACCAUUACAUCCCACGCCCUGCAUGGAACCAGUGGCUGUGAGUGGCACAUCUACUUGCUGGGUUAUCAGCCAGGACAGUGAAGAACAGGACCAGCUGGUACUACGAGGAGGACCAGUAGGGCUAGCUCUGAGCCAUACAUCUUUGGCCUCAGUUUCCCCACUUAAGAAGUAGGAUAGGAGAACAGGCAGUAACUGAACGAUUGAUUGGAGGAAAUGGUGAAGCAUUGCUCCGAGUCUCCU